AUUGAGACCAUCAUCAGACGUCACGCCAUGAUCCUUCCAGUGCCAGCCACCGCUGCCACGGUGCCCUUGUGCGGCGUGCCGCGCGUGCCGCAUGCGCGACACCACGCGGGGGCGCUGAAGCUGCAUGGUUGCUGCAGCUUGGCUCCUCUUGUGGGCUUGAGCCUGGCAGCGAAGCCACGGAAGCCACGGAAGCACGGCACGGCGCGGCGCGGAGCGACGGCUUUGCGCGACUUUCUUCUUCAGUUGGAUCAUCGGAAUCUGAGGCGGGCUAGCUGGUCCAACUGGUCCAACGGGACCGUGAAUAGCAAGAAUUUGGAGGUGAACCAGUUGGAUGUAGUAGGAAGUUGGAGCGACUGGGAGUUUCAAGCGAUGCAGCGGGUCGGCCCUAAGGAGUUUGCUGUGGAGGUCGCCUUGUCUCAUCCUGGCGGUGAAUUUCAGAUCGUCCGAGAUCGAUCCGCGGUGGCAUUGAUGGCAGUGUGGUUUGGUGGGCGCGACUGGUCGCGGGUCUUCUACCCCGGCGUCGCCGGUGCCGUGGCGGGCCCCGACGACGAGGGCCAUGGCGUGAACUGGAGCUUGGAUGGCCGUGCGGGGGACGUGUUCCGCAUUCGCAUUUUCUGCAACGGCGAUGGUUGCGGCGCUCGCGCUGUUCAGUGGCAGUGGCUGCGUUCGGAGGUUGAAGAGAUGGAGACAGGCCAAGGCUGGUACGAUCCAUUGGAGCCAUCAUGGGAAUCAGCUCUACAAAGAUUAGAGGACCUCUGGUCCCGUGAGAAGCAGUCCGUCGAGCCCAGCGAGGACGACUACUGGCAGGUCAUCGCUUGCUGCGAACGCGGACCACCGGAGGCGAACGAAACGGCGCAGCUGCUGCGGCAGGAGGUGAAGGAAAGGAGAUACGAGGGUGUGGAUCGCUUCUUCUUGACACCACGGGUCUACUGGAACCGUGAUGUGCGUCGCAUGGGAUGUGGGGCUUCAAACGCUUUGGGAGAAACCGGAAAGUUCGCCGCCAACGCGGAGAGCAUUGGGUGGCAAGGAUCCUCCGGCACCACUAAGGUGCUGCCGGCCAACUCUGUGCGGAGAGCGGAAUGGUCUGAGGGACGCCUGCGCUUGUUGUGCGAGCUGCCCGAGGGUCAGACGGAGGUCUUGAAGUUGGACAACUUUCAGGCCACCGACUUUGAUCCCCUGUGGAGGUAUUUGGAACAGAACUGCGGAGUGUAUCUGAAGAAACACAAGCCCAUAGCAGUGCUGGAGGAGCGCGACUUCGACGGGGCGCUGAAGGGCAUCGAGGACGCGGCGGACCGCGUGGAUGAGACGGCGCCUGGGUCCGUGCAGAAAAAGGCCAAGGAGGCGGAUCUCAUGAAGAAAGUGGAAUGUCUUCGCGAUGGCCUGGAUCAAGCGGUGAGUGGCGACAAACAAGCGCUGUCACGCGUCUUCGCAGACAAGGGCUGCGAACGUAUCGGCCGCCUACGAUUGGUGGUAGACACAGUUCAGCUGGAGGUGUAUCACACAGACGAACGUUGGAAGCACUUGCUGAGCAAAUGCGCCACCAUCGAGUCCUUGCUGAAGGAGUUGGGUGCCUUUCGUCAUUGGAAGCCCAGCAAAGAUGGUCACUCGGAGAGCCUUUUGAGGCGCGAAAUGGUCAGAGAGCUUCGACACCGUCAGGGCGAGGACGACGAACCGGACGACCACGCGGCCGAGCACUACGAAGAACCCGCCACGGCCAGCGGCUACGUGGCGGAGCCGGUGGAAGCUGCGCCAGUGGAAGUGGAGGAAUCGGAAGAGGAAGACAUGGCCAAUGUCUUCCAUGAGCCAACCCCUGAAGCAAAAGCUGAAGCGAAACCAGAUGAGGAGGUGACCGAUCCCAACGCCGUCCGCGCCGACGCGCAAGACGCGGAGAGCGACGCAGCCAUCGAUGGCUCCGGGAGACCGGUGCGCUACACGCAUCCCAACAGUCUCCUGGAGGGCUGGGUCUGGAAACGCUCGCGCUUCUGGAAACGCUGGCGCCGUCGCUGGUUGGUGCUGCUGCCCGAGGAGCUGCGCAGCUUCCGCUCGCGGCAGGCGGCACGGCAGCGCACGGCACAGGCCACCGAGGUGGUGCUGAAGGGCAGCGUUCUACGCGUGUACAGUGGAGACGGAGAGGCUCAGCAAGCCCGCUGUUUCUGCGUGGGGGUCCGGGAGCGGAACUACUACAUGGUAUGUGACGACGAGAACCAGAAACGUUCCUGGAUGAGUGAGAUCGAGAAAACCCUGUGCCAACGAUGA